CGUAGCGCUCACGUCAUUGUGUAGGUUGAUGCUUUUCUAUGAAUGAGCCGAGAUCCCCGUUACUACGAGCCCGAUCCUAUAAAAGCCCCGCGCUCUGCGGACAGCGCAGCACCGGCACCGGCACCGGUCCCCGCCAGGAGCCGCCAGGCGCCGGGCCCGGCCGGGGAAAGCUCCGAGGCCCGCAGGAGACACCCCCCACGGCGGACACCCCCCUUCCCGCUGCAGCCCAGGGACUCAGCUUCUGAAGGCACUUCCAAGCUGCUGGGCGUGGGGCCAGCCAUCAGCAUCGGGGGACAGAGGCCAUCCAGCUCCUGUGCUCCUCCUCAGAGCAGAGACCAUGGCGGUGCCAGGGAGGAAUGCGGUGCCUGCCACAGGCGGGACGGUGCUCAGCAGGACACAGGCAUGGCACAGACACUGCCUCAGCCUCGCUCCCGUUGGCUCAUGGUUCCUUGAAGACUGUUCUUGCAUGUGGCCAGGAGCAUGGGAUGGCUCUUCCCAAGGGACAUCUAGCAGCCAUGACCCUACAGAGCCCCACGGCUGAGGACUGGGCUGAAGCAAGGGUCCCAGGGGGCUCUCCCUGGCUGGGGUUUCUCUGUUCAUCCCCCAAACCAGCUUCUCGUUGAAGCCUGCAACCUGCUCCUGACUUUGUCACAGGGAACUGGGGAAAUCUGGGGUAGGCUGGGAGUGGGGUUGAGCCAGCAAGGCUGGUGGAGGGCACAGGGAAAGGUACUGCCCCCCAAAACACAGGCAGCCACCUGCCCGCAUGCCACAUGCGUUGCUGCUGCCAUCUGACAGUUCCUGGCCAAGUGGCCUUUUGUGAUUCAGCCCUGUUUAUCCCAGCCCGCGGCCCGGCCCAGCGUGGGUUUCCAUGGAAAACUUCCAUCCAAAACAAGGAGAGAAGGAGCUACAGGGAGUGACUCAGCCACAACUGGAAGCUUCUGCGGGUGAAGUAGGGAAGGUGUGUGGGGGGGCUCUUCCCAACGGCUUGGUCUUGCUCCAGCAGCAGGGUCGGGGGGGUGGCCCCUGGUUCUCCCCUGCUGCUGCCUCCUCACAGGCAGGAGUAGGAAACAUGGCACCUUCCCAGCAUGCCCCCUCCCCACACUCCAGGGGACAAGAAGAGUGUGAGGUGAGAGAGGCUCAAACCCCAUCAAGAUCCAUGCCUGACUCCAGGCUCGGUAGGGCAUCGCUUCUCCCAGUGCCUGUCCACAGGUGUCUGCCCAGCAAGCCCCACGCAGGUAGCUGGCAUGGUGGGCUGCAAAGGGCUCUAGUCAGGGGUGGCACAGGGAGAAGGGACACGAGGAGCUGAUGAAGGUGGGUGUUUGCAGAAGGCAGCAGCACAGGCAGUGCCUCUGCUUGUGCUGGUCCUCUCCCACCCUCCCUGGGACCCUGGGGGAGGGCUGGGUGCUCUGCUCACCCAGGGAGCUGGUCCCUGUGUCCACAGCAGACUCACAGUU